CCGCCGAUCGGACGAGCCGGAGCUUCUGCCGACUGGGACCGCUCGAGAGGUUCUCCCCGAAGCGUUGGACUGUGGCUGGAUCUCGAAGCAUUCCUUCCUUGCGCUGCGCUGCGCCCCGCCCCGCCCCGCCCGAGCUGGAGCGCUCCAAGGAGGCUUCCUCCCCUCCCCGUCCGCUUCGGCUCGGAGAGCGUCGGUCCUGAGAAGCAAAACAGCUCGCCGGUCUCGAAGCGGCCACUCUCGCCGGGGAAGCCCCCUUGGCAAAGACUCGCUACUUGUCCUCGGCGGCGGCGGCAGCCACAGAGAAGGAAAUAAUAUGUGGGAGACACUGGACUUCAUGUUUCCAACAUAGGAACAGAACCAGGUUGGGAAUCUCCACUUCUGAGAGAAUGCUGGGAAUCUGCAGAGGGCGACGGAAAUUCCUGGCUGCCUCUCUGACUCUUCUUUUUGUUCCUGCUAUAACCUGGAUUUACCUGUUUGCUGGGAGCUUUGAAGAUGGGAAGCCAGUGUCACUGUCUCCAAUUGAAUCUCAGCCCCACAGCCCUCGCUACACAGCCACAAGUCAACGAGAGAGAGAGAGCCUGGAAGUACGCAUGCGGGAAGUGGAAGAGGAAAACCGGGCACUUCGCAAACAGCUCAGUCUGGUGCAGAGCCGGAGUUUGUCCCAUCGUCGUGGGAAUCACUCAAAAACUUAUUCGAUGGAGGAGGGGACUGGUGACAGUGAGAGCCUGCGGGCUGGCAUUGUGGCAGGGAACAGCUCUGAGUGUGGACAACAGCCGGCAGUGGAGAAAUGCGAGACAAUCCAUGUCGCCAUUGUCUGUGCUGGGUACAAUGCCAGUCGGGAUGUUGUCACACUCGUCAAAUCAGUCCUGUUUCAUAGACGGAACCCUCUUCACUUCCACCUCAUUGCAGAUGCCAUUGCAAAACAGAUCCUGGCGACCCUCUUCCAAACAUGGAUGGUCCCUGCAGUUCGGAUAGACUUCUAUGAUGCAGAUGAGCUGAAGUCUGAAGUAUCCUGGAUACCCAACAAACAUUAUUCUGGGAUUUAUGGGCUGAUGAAGCUGGUUCUGACAAAGACUCUUCCUGCCAACCUUGAACGAGUCAUUGUACUUGACACAGACAUUACCUUUGCUACAGACAUUGCUGAGCUAUGGGCUGUCUUUCACAAGUUCAAAGGCCAACAAGUUCUUGGUUUGGUGGAGAAUCAAAGUGACUGGUAUCUAGGAAACCUCUGGAAGAACCACCGCCCUUGGCCAGCCCUUGGAAGAGGCUACAACACAGGGGUCAUUCUACUACUUCUGGACAAAUUGCGCAAGAUGAAAUGGGAGCAGAUGUGGAGGCUCACGGCUGAAAGAGAGCUAAUGAGCAUGCUCUCCACUUCAUUGGCUGACCAGGAUAUCUUCAAUGCAGUCAUCAAACAGAAUCCCUUUCUGGUGUACCAGCUUCCUUGUUUCUGGAAUGUGCAGUUGUCUGACCACACCCGCUCUGAACAGUGUUACCGUGACGUGUCUGACCUAAAGGUGAUCCAUUGGAACUCACCCAAAAAGCUGCGAGUCAAGAACAAGCAUGUGGAGUUUUUCCGCAACCUCUACCUGACUUUCCUAGAGUAUGACGGGAACUUGUUGAGGCGUGAACUCUUUGGCUGCCCCAGUGAGGCUGAUGUCAACAGUGAAAAUCUCCAGAAACAACUGUCUGAACUGGAUGAAGAUGACUUGUGCUAUGAAUUUCGGCGGGAGCGUUUCACGGUCCACCGGACUCACUUGUACUUUCUGCACUAUGAGUAUGAGUCUGCCCCAGACAACACAGAUGUAACACUGGUGGCUCAGCUCUCGAUGGACAGGCUCCAGAUGCUUGAAGCCAUCUGCAAACACUGGGAAGGACCUAUCAGCUUGGCACUCUACCUUUCCGAUGCAGAGGCCCAGCAGUUUCUGCGCUAUGCCCAGGGCUCUGAGGUCCUCAUGAGUCGCCACAAUGUUGGGUACCACAUAGUAUACAAAGAAGGCCAGUUCUACCCAGUGAACCUCCUGCGGAAUGUGGCAAUGAAACAUAUCAGCACGCCCUACAUGUUCCUAUCGGACAUUGACUUCUUGCCUAUGUAUGGACUCUACGAGUACCUCAGGAAAUCUGUUGUCCAGCUGGACUUGGCCAAUACAAAAAAGGCUCUCAUUGUCCCUGCCUUUGAGACCCUCCGCUAUCGCCUCUCUUUUCCUAAGUCAAAAGCAGAGCUGUUGUCUAUGUUGGACAUGGGAACCCUCUUCACAUUCAGGUAUCACGUCUGGACAAAAGGGCACGCACCAACAAACUUUGCCAAGUGGCGAACAGCCACUACACCAUAUCGAGUUGAGUGGGAAGCCGACUUUGAGCCAUAUGUCGUGGUAAGGCGGGACUGCCCAGAGUAUGACCGAAGGUUUGUUGGAUUCGGAUGGAACAAAGUAGCCCACAUAAUGGAACUGGAUGCACAGGAGUAUGAAUUCACGGUGCUGCCCAACGCCUACAUGAUUCACAUGCCGCAUGCUCCUAGCUUCGACAUUACCAAAUUUCGCUCCAACAAGCAAUACCGUAUCUGUCUCAAGACCCUCAAGGAGGAGUUUCAGCAGGAUAUGUCACGCCGCUACGGUUUUGCAGCACUGAAAUAUCUCACGGCAGAGAACAAUAGCUAGCACCACUGGGACUGUUGAAAAAAAAAGACUGAAAGAAGGAGCCAUUUAAAGUGUGCGGCACAGUUCUUCAGCUUAGAACUGAGAGACACCUUUGUUUUGUUUUUGUUUUGUUUUUUAAAAAAAGCCAGUUCUAACAGUAGGAAUUCGGAACCAAGAUGUCUCCAGACUGUGCCCCCAAGCCACCACUAGUCCUCUACUCCCAGGCCUUUGGUUUUAUUGCCCACAGAGAGUGAGUAAAUGGUGGGGGGAAGGAACAGUGCCCACAUCCAUUGGUAGCUUACAAGGUGGUAGGCAUGAGGGGGGGGGGGGGCAGAAGUGAAUGUUUGUUCUUAAAAACUGCACAGCAAAAAUGGAUCUUCUGAAGGCUAUCACAUCGUCACUUAAUAAUUCCAAAUUUUGUUUAAUUUUUAGAAUGAGAUCUUCAGACUGUGAUUUCUUUUCUUUUUUUUAAGCCCCAUACUUUUGUUGACCACCUAGAGGAGCAUUCUAGAGCAGGAUGAACCAGAUUUUGACUGUCAAAUGAAGGGGGAGGUACAUCUAACAUACAGACUGUUGUGGCGUAGUAUAUACAGAACAUACGUAGUGUUAACUGGUUCAGGCAUUACUGUGGCAUCACUUGCUUGUUUCUCUUUACUGCCACAAUAAGACACACCUUUCCUCUGGCUUCCCACUGCUGCCAUUUCCUUUGGCCAUGUCCCACCUUUUCAGCCCAGUCAGCAUCCUUUGGCAUUUCACUUUCAUUCCCACCUCUUGUAUUUUGUCCAAAAUGAUAUUUGUUUUUACUGAGCAAUGGAAGCACCUGUCAGCUUAAGCUCUGCUUUUGCUUGAGAGAUUCAUUCAGGUGUCUCCUGUGUAACAAAUGGCCAAAUUUGGAAUUGUUUUUUUAAGUCAAUGUUCAGUAUUUGCCAUACAGCGGUCAUUUUUUUCAGUUGGUGGGAGGAAUUACAGUCUAUUGGCUAUUCCACCACACACACACCUGUGAAGGCCUCUGUGCCUGUGGAACUGAAACACAACCACUAGGCCUCAGUAGCAACAAGGUGCUACUACAGACUCUUAAGAACUACUUCAAUAAAGGACUUUAUUUAAAAAAGGAACAAAAAAAAGGAAUUAACUCCCCAUUUGAAUUGGGGGGAAAGAGAAUGUUUUGGAGAGUUGUGGUCAUGUUUGCUUGAAUGCAAGCUGGUUCGGUACACAGGUGGAGCAUAGGCAUGGAGAAGAACAGGGGGGGAAAUACACCGAUCCAGACAUUGGACAUUUUUAUUAUUUUCUUUAUUUCUUCAGUAUUAAUGUUGUGUUUACAUGGAUGGAGGAGAUGAGGUUUAAUGCACUACCCUGAUUUGGGGCUACUUGUAUUUGGUUGCAAAUGUUAUUGAGAGAGCAGGAUUUGAAUAAAAAAGAAACAUGUCUCUCUUCCUUCCCCCUAA